UACAUUAUUUUGACUGAUCGUACAUAAAAUCCAUGUAACAGUUUGUAAAGUCGAUGCUGAAAUAGAGGCGUGGUGACCUGACAGCUUAGCUUGCUAACUAGCUCGUUUGCUAACUAGCGUCAGGAAGCUAAAGCUGCUUAGGGUUUGUCGGAGAGCCAGCCCCGUGAAGUGACACAUGUUAUCGAUGUGACGUGCUGAACUGAUGGGUAACCGUGACAGCGUGCUGUAACGUGAAGCCGAGUCGUUGAGCACCGAGCAAACGUCCGUUGAACGGUAAAGACCGUCAAUCUCUUCUCUGAGUCCACUGGUCGGUGUCAGACUGUGAGCAGGAGAACCUGCUUCGCUGAGCCUCCUUUUAUUCUAGAUGUCAUGACAAAAAAAACUUUAGAACCUCGUCAGAACUGGUUUCAGCGCCACUGUCUGGCUGGGAUCUUGGAUGGAGUGAAUGUUGAGCCCCAGUGAGAUGACUGACCAGGGCAACAACAACCAGAACAUCUCCUGCAACCCCUUUGCUGCCCUCUUCAGCUCACUGGCUGAUGCCAAACAGUUUGCAUCAGGCCAGAAAUCACAACAGCUGUCUGCUGAACCACCAUUGGAGGACUCCGGAGAGAGCCAGUCAGACUCAGAAAACUCUGUGUCAGACAGCGUUGAUGACAAUGACGACUCUGUGGCAGAGAUCAGCCGCUCCUUCCGGUCCCGCCAGGAGCUGUGUGAACAGCUCAAUGUCAAUCACAUGAUCCAGCGUAUAUUUCUCAUCACUCUGGACAACAGUGACCCCAGUUUAAGAGGAGGUAAUGGGAUCCCUCCUCGAUGUGUGUACCUGGAGGAGAUGGCUGCAGAUCUGGAUGGACAGGACUGGUUGGAUAUGGACAACAUAGAGCAGGCUCUGUUUAACCGUCUGCUGCUGCUAGAGCCAGGGAACCACCUCAUCUACAUGACAUCAUGCAGUGCUGUAAACCUGUCUGCUGACCGUGAUGCUGGAGAGAAAUGUGCUAUCCCUUACCUUUUCGCUUGUUACCAGAGGGCAAAAGAAGAGGUGACGAAGGUGCCAGAGAAGUUACUGUCGUUUGCUGUUCGCUGUAAGAAUCUGACGGUUUCUAACACACGGACAGUUCUGCUGACCCCAGAGAUCUAUAUCAGCCAGAAUGUCUACGAACAGCUUCUGGACCUGCUGCUGGAAGGUUUCAGUGGAGCACAGCCAGAAGAGGUGGUUGAGUUUGUGGAGGAGGUCAUUGCUGGCCUGCUCUCCGACCAGGAGGUGCGUACCUUCGAGGAGGUGAUUGUGCCAGUGUUUGAUAUCUUCCAGGGACGCAUCAAAGACCUGGACCUCUGCCAGCCUCUCCUCUACUCCUACUUAGAUGUUCUCCUCUAUUUCAGCCACCAUAAAGAUAUUGCUAAGGUAUUGGUGGAACACAUUCAGCCCAAAGACCCAGCUAAUGGGUUGCAGUACCAGAAGAGCUUACUGGGGGCAGUGUUAAAUAUCUCCUGCUUGUUGAAAACCCCAGGUGUGGUGGAGGGACAUGGCUACUUCCUGAACCCCUCCCGCUCCAGCGCACAGGAGACAAAGGUCCAGGAGGCCAACAUCCACCAGUUUAUGGGCCAGUUUCAUGACAAGUUGCACCAGAUCUUGAAAAAUUUGCUGCAGCGAUCUGGUGAGACGCGCCACCUGCUUCUCUCGUGGCUGGGCAGCUGUCUGCAGGCUAAUGCCGGCCGUGCCAAGAUAUGGGCCAAUCAGAUGCCAGAGAUCUUCUUCCAGAUGUACGCUUCAGAUGCAUUCUUUUUAAACUUGGGUGCAGCUCUGCUGAAGCUGUGCCAGCCCUUCUGCAGGCCUCGUUCGCCCAAGCUGCUCACCUUCAACCCGACCUACUGUGCCCUCAAAGAGCUGAGUGAAGAAGACAGGCGCAAUCGCAAUGUGCAUGCAAGAGGUCUUGACAAGGAAACCUGUCUGAUCCCUGUGCCCCCUCAGCAGCUGGUGGAGUCUGCACAGUCCUACAGCCUGCUGACCGAAAACCUCAUCCUCACACAACUCACGCUGCAUCUGGGCUUCCACAGACUCCAUGAGCAGAUGGUGAAGAUGAACCAGUCUCUCCACCGGCUCCAGGUGACGUGGCAGGAGGCCCAGAGAACUGGCAGCCCGAUGUCGGAGCAGCUCCUGGAGCAGUUUGAGCGUCUGAUGAUUGUUUAUCUGUCAACCAAAGCUGCCACUACGCAGCCUGCGAUGCUGCAAUGCUGCCUUAACCUCCAAGCUUCCACUGCUGCUCUGCUUGUUCAGCUUGGUGUGGGAAACCAGGGGCCUGAACAUGUAGCACUCAGUUUUCCCCUGCCCUCCCUGCAGAGUUCUGUGCUCUGCUAUGUACCAGAGUUUUUUGCAGAAAACUUGGGAGAUUUUUUCAUCUUUCUGCGGCGAUUUGCAGACGAUGUUUUAGAGACUUCUGCAGAAAGUCUGGAGCAGAUUCUUCACUUCAUCACUGUCUUCAUGGGUAAUGUAGAGAGAAUGAAGAACCCACACUUAAGAGCAAAGCUUGCGGAGGUCUUAGAAGCAGUGAUGCCACACAUGGAGCCAUUGGCUCCUGGUGCUGCUCAGCCAAUUGUGUUCCAGCGAGAGAGAGUCUUCUGCUCCUACAGACAUGCACCUCAGCUGGCCGAGGCCCUCAUCACUGUGUUUGUAGACAUUGAAUUCACAGGUGAUCCUCAUCAGUUUGAACAGAAAUUCAACUACAGAAGACCCAUGUAUCCCAUCCUCAAGUACAUGUGGGGCAAAGAUAACUAUAGAGAGAGCAUCAAGCAUUUGGCCGACUAUGCAUCCGAGAACCUGGAGGCCAUGAACCCCCCUCUGUUCCUCAGGUUCCUCAACUUACUGAUGAAUGAUGCCAUCUUCUUACUGGAUGAGGCUAUUCAGUACCUGAGUAAAAUCAAGGUUCUGCAGCUGGAGCGGGAUCGAGGGGAGUGGGAAGGCCUGGCCCCCGAUGCUCGAAGAGAGAAAGAGUCGAGCCUGCAGAUGUUUGGACAGCUGGGACGCUUCCACAAUAUCAUGUCUAAUGAGACCAUCGGCACACUGGCCUUUCUCACCUCAGAAAUUAAAGGGAUCUUUGUGCACCCCUUCCUGGCUGAGAGGAUCAUCUCCAUGCUGAACUACUUCCUGCAGCACCUGGUGGGUCCCAAGAUGGGUGCCCUUAAAGUCAAGGACUUCAGUGAGUUCGACUUCAAGCCACAGCAGCUUGUUUCUGACAUCUGCACCAUCUAUCUGAACCUGGGUGACGAGGAGAAUUUCUGUGCUACCGUCCCAAAGGAUGGACGAUCAUAUUCUCCUACCCUCUUCUCCCAGACUGUUAGGGUACUAAAGAAGAUCAACAAGCCUGGUGACAUGAUUGUAGCUUUUGGACUUCUUGCUGAUAAAAUAAAGUCCCAUGCAGAUAGACAGCAGCAGGAAGAGGAGACAUAUUCAGAUGCGCCAGAUGAGUUCUUGGACCCCAUCAUGUCCACUCUGAUGCUGGAUCCUGUUCUUCUCCCUUCUUCCAAUGUAACAGUAGACCGCUCAACUAUAGCAAGGCAUCUCCUCAGUGACCAGACAGACCCUUUCAACCGUAGUCCUCUAACCAUGGACCAGAUCAGGCCAAAUGAGGAACUCAAGCAGCAGAUCUUACAGUGGCUGGAUAAGCAUAAGCAGGAGAGGCUGCAGCUGGGACCCAGUGGCUAGCCGUGAUCCCUCGCCGCGCCAAACAAUGACUGCAUCCUUGUUUUCUUUCCUGGCCCACAUCUCAUGUGCUCCUCUCUGCUUCUUGGCUAAUCCAUGGUGUGCUUGCCUCUGUGGAUUUCUUCUGACUCCUCCGGUCUGGCUAACAUUGCAUUAGCCUUUUCAUGCAGCCUUCAUCCUCAGUGGAUUGCCUCUGUGACAACAGUCCAGACAAACUGUAGCCCACCGGCUGGUGACAGCUUCAAAAUCCAUGCACAGUAGCUGACUCCCAAGAUGCCCUAUGGUAAACAUUAGUAGGGUCAUACAACCUCUGGUUCCACUCCCCCUGAAUACUGUGUAUUAAUUAGUUAUUAUUACAGUCAGAACUGUGGCCAGAAGUAUCAGUUUCAACAGGACUUGUUGAAUGUACUCUAUGAACUCCUGACUGACCGUCUGGCCAAAACAAGAUUUUAUACGGCAAGGUAAGUAUUUUUGGGAGCUAAUGAAGCAGAACAUGGAUGGAGUCAUGUACUGUAUAAUUUAACCUUGAUUUCACCUUCAAUAAGAAUACACCAUACACUGCCUUUCAAAGGUUUUAAACACCCUAUAUUUGAGCACCUUUGGUCAAAUCUCAAGCAGCAUUGCAAAUAAAAGUAGCAAUUAAAAUUAAGGCAUAAAUAAAACUGAAUUCGACUAUGUUUGACUUUUAUUUUAUUGGAAAUAUUCUAGAUUUGUCUGGAGAUGUUCAAAGCCUGUAGCACCAAACCAUACUGUGAGUUUUUUUUACAGUAGUCUGUAUUUUAACAUGUAUAGGAUGAGGGUCUUCAUACCUUCAUGUGCGCCUGCCUUUAAUUGAGCACUAAUUAAAGUCCUCGUUAGGAUCUAAGAGCUUGCUAAUGAAUAGGUCAUAGGACAUAGGGAUUUAAACUUUUUCAGUUACUGUACAAUAAUCACUCUAAUUUGAUCUAAAUUUUACGUCGUGGUACAUAUGCACAUGCAAAAAAAUAUAAAAUGAAUCCUGCCUAAAAAAAUGCCAGAACGCAUAAUAAAAUUGCUCGAUUUUUGAGCGUGGCAUUGAUGGCCACUUCUUCAUGGCAAUGUUACAUAUUUGAAAAAACUUUUUUCCUUAUAAUUUGUAACAAAUUUAUUUUAAAUUUGAAAUUGGUAGUAGUGUGACAACGUCAUAGUUGUAGUUUUGUUUAUGUCUGUUGCCUUAUUAUCACAUCAUAUUAGUGCAUAAAGCUAAAAUACAAAACAUUAAUUUAUUUUCUAUAAUAGUUGGCUCACUGUGAAGAUUAGAACCUGGUGCAUUAGUAUAAAUAACGUUACUGGAGCGAAGUGUUGGGUGGAACACUCUUUAGACAGUCCUCAGUGAUUAUGAACCCAAUGACAUCAUAUCCUGACAGAGAAAAGGCUAUUAUUAGCUAUUAGUUAAUACUGAGAGGAAAAGAUUAUAUAGUGUAGCACAGUAGGUUCUGUUAUCAAAAGGCACCUAGGCAACUCCGACAUCAUCAUGGACUCUGGUAAGCUAAUCACGACACACUGACCACCACUCACUAGCCUGUCAUUGGUCUCUGCAUUUGAUUUUCAAACUGAGAAAACACGGGGGCUUUAAAUAUUUGGAGAGUGGGUUUUCUAAAUGUCCACUGAUUUGUCCAGUGCACCUUUCACUGAGCUGAAUGGCUUCUCAGGUGGAUGUUUCCAAACUCAGAUCUCAUUAUUGUUUCCAAUAAGAUUAAAAAUCACGAUGUUGUCCUCAUUUUACUUCUAUCAUCUGCUCAUAUGUUUAAUUUUAAGGUCUUAACAAUGGCUGUAUUUCUUGAAAUUAAAAAAACAAAACAAAUAUAGGGUUAAAUCAUUUUUGACUGGCAGUGCAAAUGAUAGUCAUUGUCAUCCUUUGAAUUAACAAUCACCAGAUUAUAACUGAUGUCGAACAGAGUUUUUGUUGUGGGAAUGCAGUGUAAUAACGUGGGCAAACAGUUGAUCAAUUGAAUUGAUGCCUAAAACCGAGAGCCUUGCAGUAAAUCUGACACGUUUCACACUCUUAAGCGACAUAAUUAUGAGUUUGUUUCUUUGAGGCAUACUGGAAGCUGUGGGUAGAAAAUGAAAGAAAGAAAAUCAGAAAAAGACAACUUGUUUUUGAGUAGCUUUUUGAAAUAAAGGGUUUUAAUUUAAAAUCAAGUGUGGUUGUAUAGAUGGCAAAAUGUGAAAGACGUACAUGAAGCCCUAAUUCUGUGUGUUGAAGAUCUACCACCUGAAGGAUUACAUGGGUUAAAUUAUAAUGCAAUAUUCUUUGUUUUAAUUGUGAUUAUAGAAUGUUUAUUUUGGAUGUACAGUAUGAUUAAGAAAUAAAAUUAA